UUCCAUCAAAAUCAUGCGGCUAAUUUUACUAUUUCUAGCAGUGUUUCUUUGUCGUGUGACUGCUCACCAAUGCGACGCAGAAACUGAGUGCUCGGACGAUGAAACUUGCUGUAAGCUCGGAGACAACACGUGGGGAUGCUGCCCGAUGCCGAAUGCCGUGUGCUGUGACGAUAGGUCCCAUUGCUGUCCAACAGGGACCACUUGUGAUCCACAAGGAGCUAGAUGCAUUGGAGCUGACGAGAAGCAUGUUCCAAUGAAAAAGAAGAAGCCCGCCAGAAAAACUGUGGAGAGGAAUCAGUUCAAUGAAGUCGUCUGCCCGGACAAGGCUAGCAAGUGCCCAGAUGGUUCGACGUGCUGUCUGUUGGAGCAGGGAAGCUACGGAUGUUGCCCGGUGCCGAAUGCGGUGUGCUGCGCAGAUAUGUUGCACUGCUGUCCGAAUGGAUUUACGUGUCACGGGCAGUUUUGCUCGCAGAAUUUCGCCAUGAUCCCACACCUGCGGAAGUUCGCCUCCACCUCCAUCCAUCGCAAGCCAGCAGUGGAGUUCCUUUCCGAAGAAGAGGAGGAUGAUGAUGAUGAGGAAUCCACGUCAUCAGAGGAUCCAGAAAGCGAUGUGGACCCGAUUGCCUGUGGAGUUGGAAAGACGUGUCCAGCAAAAACCACGUGCUGUAAUGUCCGAGGAAAGAAUGGGGAGCCGAAGACGAUGUGUUGUCCAUUGAGCAACGCCAUCUGCUGUGAGAACACUUGCUGCCCAGCCGGCUAUCACUGUGUUGAUGGUGGAAAGUGCGAGAAGCACGCUAAAACUAUGAGAACCCGAUUCUGGAAUGUGAAGGAUGAUGAGGAUGAGGAUCAGAUUUAAUUUUACACGUUUAUUUUUUGAUUUUAUAUUUACAAUCAUAUCAUAACAAUCCAUUACAUUAUAUUACCCAUGUAUAAUUUUAAUACAAUACUAAAGUUUUUCCAU